AGAGCGCAUCAGUUUACUGUAGCAUCAGCACUGGAGAUGUACGCCGGGUGGGAGCUCAGCUGCGACUCUGCGAUCACAGGCUUCUUCCACAAGUAGGCUCUCACUGGAGGAAAAAAAAUAACAACACAAGAUGCUCUGCAAGUCUUCCUUUACCUCCUAAUUUUCCCGCAAUGUGUUUGUAUUUGGACUAAGUUUCCACGUCAUUUCGAGGGACACGGUCGGUGUGGGGAAACAUGAGGAUAAGUGUCGCUGCCCGUGGAUGAUGAUGUCCCACAAUGAAUGCAGAUUUUCAAAAUCAACUGCAAGUCCCUCGACCAAAGGUCCGCAGUCAUCUGACCAUCAAAGUGCAGUCCAAACUGAUGUCCAGGCCGUGUCCCCCUGUCCAUGGUCCAAAACCUCCUGUCGCCCCCAAGCCCAGACCCCUGUAUAAGCUUCACACAUACAAGGAACCCUGCCCCCCACAGAGCCUGUGUAACGGAGACGUGGCUCACUCUGAUGGGGAGACGGAAGAUCUCCAUGAAAUGGCUGAGGAGAAUCAGGACAAAGAGGAGAAAAGUGAGGCAGAGGAUGGGGUUAAUGACAAUGGCAUAGGACAAAAUGACAAAGAGGACCUAGUAGAAGGAGAAAAUGAGAAGGAAAUAGAAAAAGAAAUAGAUAUAUUAGAUAAUGACGAUGACAGCAUUGGCUCUGAGGAUACAGUCAAAGCGGAUGAUGGUUUGACUGUUGACACUACUGAGGAUGAAAACACUGACAAUGACUUGAACCAGCCUGAAGGUGGCAAUCACACUGAUGAUGAGAAUACAUCCACACCCUCACCUCCUCCUGCUGAAAUUGAACAUGAAACAAGAGAGGAGGAACAGAGCUGUUGUGGCUCAACAGGACACUCAGAUGAACAUGUAGAGGAAGAAAACCUUGAUCAAACGCAGUCACUCAGUCAGGGUGAUAAGGACAAUGAUGUUGGACUUAAUGAAGUGGACAGUGGACAAAAUGAGGACUGUGUGCAACGUCCAGAAGAGACGGAGCUGGAAGCUGGAGGAUUUGCAUUUGGUUUCAGCGUGCUUCCAACUGUAACUGAAGAGUAUCUUUAUGAUGUGAUUGGCCCCAACGAUGAUGCUAGUGACACAUGUGAGUCAUGUGACCCAGCUGAAACAGGGGAUGCAGAGGUGUGGCAACCAGAACGGGCCACCAAGGACCUCUCUGGCUGUUUUCGAUUCACAUCCAGCACUGAGGAUGUAUUUGGGCCAUAUUCGGUCAUAGGAGCUGUUCCGGGAGAUAUGGUGGACACUGCUGACCCAGAGUGGGGUCAGGAUGAUACUGAUGACAAAUCUUUACAUGAAAUCCAAGCGCCAGGUGCUUCCAACCAGGAACCUUACUAUGUGUCAUCAGAUGACGUGGACAAGCUAGAGGAUAAGCAAGUCCUCUCAGAACAGGGUGAGAUCGAGGAGGUCACUGAACAGUCAAAUCAGCACAAAGAUAAAGCAAAGGACAUUGAGUCAGCAGAUGAGUAUGCAGACAUUGACGAUUCACUCUGCAUUAAAGCAGAUGACUGCGAGCAGUGUGUCUCAUCUGAGGAUUAUGUUGAGAUAGGCGAUGAGGACGAAGAGGAGGAAACAGAAAAGAAACACAUCAAAGGAAAAAGUGCAAAAGAGAGAACAGCUAAACGAGAGCAGGCUUUCCUCAGCCAGCGAGCAAGUUGCCAGCCUCGCCUCAGGUUGUGCAACAUCACAGUGCCAACAGACCUAGAUCUGGGCCGCACCCCAGAGCUCACCAACAGGGUUGUGUUUGCCCACACCACUGAAGCCUUUGAAGAAGACAUUGAGGAACUGGACUGCCAUAUUGUGCCUUACUAUGAAGACACAGACUCGGACAGUGAAGAGCAUAUAUACGAAGAGGCAGGGUUUGACUCAGAAGGGGAGAACUUUGUGACACUUGAUCGUAAGACUAUUGUCACACGAUCGCGCUCUUAUUCUGGGAAAGUACCAGGUUAUGUUCCAGAAACAGUACCAGAGGAGACAGGGACGGAGUACCAAACUCAUGACUACUGCACAGUGGCCUUGGAUAAGAACAAUGAUCCACUUAACCAGUCACACAAGCCUGCGGUCCCAUCUACGAAGUCUCGCCGCUUCUUGUUAUAUUCCCGGUCUGCAGAGGGUCCAGAAUUGUCCUUGACCACUCCCACUGAGAUUGGCCUGAAUCUGAAGGAUGACAUCAGGAUGAAGAGAAAAGAUGAUACUCUUUCACUCCCAUGUGUGAUAACUUCUUCUGGAAGCUUCUCCCAGCGUAGCCAUCAAUCAUCCAGUGGUGUUUCCACACCAACCUCUCUAGUGGACAUCCCACCACCCUUUGAACUGGCAUACAUUACUAAAAGACCAGUCACCAAGAGUUCCCCAUCCCUCCUGAUCCAGCAUGAACCCAAUGACAUACCUAAGAAGAAGAAGUCAUCCUUCAAGCGCUUUCUGGCACUUAAGUUUAAGAGGAAGGCUGAUUCGAAGGGCUUCAGUGAUGGAAGUGUGCGCUCUUCACGUUCUUCGUCUGAGUCCAGCCACCACGGCCCAGUAAGAGUCAUAGAACUUGAUCGCAGAAGCACCGGCAGCUCUCCUCAGCUUCAGUCUCGAAUGGUGAAUCCCCAGCAGCGUCCUUUAGACCUGCCAUCCAGCUUUGUCCUUUACAAAGACCACCAGCGGAAAGCUUAUGGGAGGGGAGUCUCCAGAGUGGAAUCCUUCGAAGAGCGUUCCCGGCGCUCCGUUAUGCCGCUACCAUUGACCAAACCCCGCUCCAUCUCCUUCCCCAGUGCGGAUACUUCAGACUAUGAAAACAUCCCAGCCAUGAGCUCAGACUAUGAGAACAUCCAGAUUCCAGGCAGACCCACCAGAUCCCACACUGUGACUGAGUUUUUUGAGGACCCAAACCGCACUACAGUUCCCUGCAAUGAGAAUGAUGGCUAUGUGGAUAUGAACAGUUUCCCUGGGAUUGACAGCAAACCCCAGACAUUGAAAGCAGACACUGAAAGUGCCUACACAGAGCCUUUCCCAAUGAACCCCGUCUCUGCUGGGCUGUCAGCGGAUGAGGACCACGGGCGUACCUCAGAGGAGGAAGAAGGGGUGGCGGAGCAAAGUUAUGACAGACAGAUUGAUGGCCGAUCCCGAGCCUUCUACGUCGCCAAAGAGCUCGUCGACUCAGAGAGACUACACGUCAGCGCCCUCAAGUACCUUCAAGAGGAGUUUAGGUCAGCAGUGAUAGAGGCGGAGGGUGAGGGAGGUGAGCCUGUGUUGGAGGAGCAGAGGUUAGGGGAGAUAUUGGGCAUGCUCCCCCAGGUCUACACCCUCCACAGCAGCAUCCUUACCGAGCUGGAGGACCGCAUCAGUCUGUGGGAGGAGAGCCAAAGGGUAGUAGAUGUGAUCCUGUCACGUCGGGAGGACUUUGGGGUAUUUGACACCUAUAUCUCAGAGUAUGAUCGCAGCAUGUCCUUGCUGGAGGAGAGCUGCAGGAACAACUUGGCCUUCGCCAGCAUCGUCAAGAAAUUUGAGACAAAAAGCCCAGAAGAAGCUGAAGUCCCACUGAAGCACCAGCUGCUGCAGGUUAUAGUGAGAGUACUUCAAUAUCGGAUGCUACUCACAGAUUACCUGAACAACCUCUCUCCUGAUUCUAAAGAAUAUGAGGACACACAAGCUGCCUUGGUGAUCGUGUCCGAGGUGGCGGACCAGGCCAAUGACAAUCUGAAACAGGGGGAGAACUUGCUGCGUCUGGUCCACAUAGAGUACAGCGUGAAGGGCAAGAGGGACCUCCUGAAGCCUGGAAGGAUGUUUGUCAAAGAGGGCACACUCAUGAAGGUCUCAAAGAAAAGCAGGCAGCCCCGACACCUGUUUCUGAUGAACGAUAUAAUGCUGUACACCUACCCUCAGCAGGAUGGAAAAUACAGGCUCAAGAACACAUUAUCUCUGUCUGGGAUGAAGGUGAGCAAACCUGUCCUCGACAACGUGCUGAACUGUAUUAGGAUUGAGGUGUCUGACAUCACUAUUACACUCUCAGCCAGUUCAGUUGGAGAGAGGGAGGACUGGUUCCACACAUUGAGCCGAGCCAUAGCAGACCACGCUGCAGGACUCUGUACGUUUGGUGGACCCUGCAGUGAGGCCCGUGAGAAGUUGUGGAUGGCCCUGGGUGAAGCUGCUCCUGUACUCGUGCCAGUGUCUCAUGUGAUGAUGUGUAUGAACUGUACCACUGACUUCAGCCUCACGCUGAGACGACACCACUGCAACGCCUGUGGCAAGGUGGUGUGCCGUGCUUGUUCCAGGAACAGAUACCCGCUGAAGUACCUCAAAGACAGGGUGGCCAAAGUGUGUGACCACUGCUAUGCCGAGCUCAGGAAAAGAGGUGGCAGCGUGUCGGGGGCAUGCGGUAACUCUAGCCCUCGGACUCACCGGGCCAGCCGUCCCCUCUCUGCUGUCUUUCAGAGCCUGCAGCCCCCAAGUUUGUGGAAGAGCAGGAAGAGCACCUCCCCUCUCAACCAGGUGGUGCUUGCUGUGGAGGGCUCCACCAUGAGCGGCAGCCUGCAGCGCCGGAAGAAGAGCAAGAGGAAGUGGAAGCGGCUGUGGUUCCUCCUCAAAGACAAGGUGCUCUACACCUUCACAGCCCGUGAGGAUAAAGUGGCCUCAGAGAGUCUACCUCUGCAGGGCUUCACCGUCAAGCUGACUGAGAGGCCAGACGGAGAGGAAAGCAGCAACAUGUUUCAUCUUUACCACAAGAAAACCCUGUACUACACCUUCAGGGCUGAUGAUCAGGACACUGCUCGCAGAUGGGUCAACGCCAUAGAGGAGGCUACUGUUUUAUAGCACCUACUCAGUUCAAUGAACACGCCUUGCUGUCCGUGACUGCUAGAACUCCUCUGUGGAGCACAACAUAGCUACCUGCUGCAUCUGAACUCACACCAUCAGUAAGGAUUCAUCACGUCCGAUCUGUUGUGGAAUAUCAUGUGACAAUUUAGUCACAUGGGGGGAUCUUACACAACGUGGGGAGUCACAGGGGUUCUACUAUGUGGAAAGGAGAAGCAGAAACCUCUUGUUGGAGUGUAUGAAAACUUGUAAGGGUCCCAAUACGCCGAUCCAGCCGUGUUCACUGGAGCCUGUCCCUUUAAGGAGUCUAAAUCUAAAUCUAAAACAACAUUUUAUUCCCUCUGUUACACCUUUUUACAAGGACCAUCCCACAAAAGAUUCUUCUCCAACUCAACUUCUUUGUGGUAUUUUAUUUGUUUUUUUUUAACCUGAGGUUCCACUGGAUUAUUAAACCACCCUUCAUUUUUAUACAUGAGGCAGUUACAGCCUGGGUUCUGUGAUGGUUGUAAAAAAGAAUAUCAAAAACAAACUUUGCUCCAUAGUCGUAUUUGCAGCUAGUAAAAGGGAAAAUAUUGGUCAAGAUAUUUGGUAAUCUGAAUAUAUAUUGUGAAGUAUACACUGCAGAUAUUGAAUUAUAUGAUUUGUUUGUAUAAAAAUGGUGUAACAUGAUGUUCUGAGUAAGAGGUCAUUUUAAUCAUCAUGGUGUGUGUACAUUAUGCUUCUUGUGGAGUGUUUCUCUUGUAUUGAAUCUACAAAGCUAUGGAAUGACUCUCAGCAUGACAACCACUCAAUACAUUUCUAUAAUGAAGAAUACGUUCAAAGACACUUUGUACUUUAAUCUGUAGGUUUUGAUACAUUUGCCACACAGUUCUGAAGUGCCAACUAAUUUCUUCCAGUUGAAUGCAGUGCAAUUCCCAAUUGAUGAUGAAUGUGCCUGAAAUGAAAUUGUACUUCUUGUUUGUCUUUAUGUUAUCGCAGUACUGUACUACUGUCAGGUCUCCAGAAGAGACCUUGAUAACAUGCUUUUUAUCUACUCUUAUAUACUUUAAUCGUCCAGUAUUUUGAACAGUUCAGUUACAGUCCAGUAACAUAAGAAUAUACUAUUGUGCCACAUUUAUUAAUGCAUUUUCCAUGCUGUAUAUACACUGCUGGACUUCUGAAAAAAAGCCAUUGUCAUACUACCUAUGAAAUCAGUGUUGGAUUCAUCUGAGCCACUUGUGCAGUAGGGAGGACACUGGAGUUUCACUCUUCUCUACUCUCCUAACAUAAUCAGACAUACAUAGUUUCUCUUCAGUAACCUACUAAAGGCUUUAUCUGCUCCAUUCAAAACGCAGCUGUACUACAUGUGAUCCUUCACCCUGUCAAAUCACAUUAUUUCUAAAGCACACAUUUGUUCAUCAAGUACCGUUUAGCUUUUCUACCUGUUUCCUAUGUGCCAUACCUAUAGUGUUAUUAUAGAUUGUACCUCUUGCAUAUUGUGCAUUGUAAAUGUUUAUGUAUAUAGAUACAUAUAAGAAUAAACUACUCUAAAAAGUUU